UUCUCUUCUUCAACUAGGUGACCCAAACAGGCAAUAUGAGGGGGCUAUUCACCGUUACAGGACACAACAGGAACCUCCUUCACCUCAGCAACCUCCACCUCCUUCCUCACAAGCUGAAGGGAUGGGACAUGUGCCCAGGACCCAUCGACUCAUCACCCUUGCUGACCACAUCUGUCAAAUUAUUACGCAAGACUUUGCUAGAAACCAAGCCUCUCAAGCCUCCUUGCAGCCUCCUACCAGUACAUUCCAGAAUUCCACCCCUGCUCCAGCGCCUGUUUCUAGCCGGGCAAAGACAUCAAACCGCUACAGCCCUGAGUCGCAGUCGCAGGCUGUCCACCAUCAGCGGCCGGGUGCUAGAGUGUCGCCUGAAAACCUCUCUGACAAGUCCAGAGGAAGACCUGGAAAGUCUCCAGAGAGAAGUCAUGUCUCUUCAGAGCCCUAUGAGCCAAUCUCACCACCUCAGGUUCCAGCUGUACAUGAGAAACAGGACAAUGUUCUACUACUUUCCCAAAGAACUGAGCCUACUGAACAGAGGUAUGUGUAAAACUGAAUUUUAUAAACAUUUUCUGCAUCUUGAGCUGCAAACAAUAUCUAAU